AUGUCCUCCCAAUCCAGUCCCGCCUUCACCACCGCCCUCCUAUCCGGAGCCCUCGCAGGAACCACCGUCGACCUCUCCCUCUACCCUCUCGAUACUCUCAAAACGCGCCUCCAAUCCUCCUCCGGCUUCCUCGCCUCAGGCGGAUUCUCAGGGAUCUACCGUGGCGUCGGCAGUGCCAUAAUCGGGUCUGCGCCCGGCGCGGCGCUCUUCUUCUGCACCUACGAAUACUCCAAGAGCUUCCUGGCAGCGCGGCGGCAGGCAAACCAGAUUACCGAUGGAGGGUUUAUGAGGGAAUGGGAGGCUCCUCUUGAGCAUAUGCUUGCCGCGAGCUUGGGCGAGGUGGCUGCGUGCGCCGUGAGGGUUCCGACGGAAGUGGUGAAGCAGAGGGCGCAGGCGAAUCAGCAUGCUUCCUCACUGUUGGCUUUGAGGGCCAUACUAUCACAGCAUAGGGGAAUUGGUGUCUCGGGGGUAUGGAUGGAAAUGUAUAGGGGGUGGUCUGUUACAAUUAUGAGGGAGGUGCCGUUCACGGUGAUACAGUUUCCGUUGUGGGAGUCCAUGAAGGAGUAUAGGCGGCGGAAAUCAGGCAAAGAUGAGAUUGGUGCUUUGGAGAGUGGGCUUUUUGGUAGCGUUGCCGGAGCCAUUGCGGCUGGGUUUACGACUCCGCUGGAUGUUCUCAAGACGAGAAUGAUGUUGGCUAAGGAGAAGACUGCUGUAAUCCCUUUGCUGAGGGAGAUAUUGAGGACCAGUGGACCAGGAGCCCUUUUUUCGGGAAUCUUGCCCCGGAUUCUGUGGAUUAGUGCUGGGGGAGCCAUAUUUUUGGGGUCUUACCAGGCAGUAUCAAACGCACUCACAGAAAGACGUUCCAACAUUGAUAAGAGUAACGAGAAUCGCUUUUAA